AUGGAUUACAGUACAAGUGAUUCAGAGAGUUUUGAAGAACACAGUGAUUUAUCUUCGAGUGAAGAAAAGACGAAUCCAUUAUUAUCAGACGAAGAGUUGGACGAAGAAUUAGAUGAUGAUUUGGAAGACAAAGAAUGCAUCAAAUUGAGUGAUGAUAAGGAAAGAUUCACUUACUUAAUUCUAAAGAAUUCAAAUUUAUUUGAAACAGAAGACAUCCAUGAAGUAUCCAUUGAACUUGCAAAGGUCAUUAAGAGAGCGUCCAAGAUCAUAGAAAAGAGUCAAAAAGAACGAGAUGAUCAAUUCAAAUUCUACACUCAAAGCACAAAACAACUUCAAGCCGCUGUUGAUACUAUCCGUGCCCAUUCAAAUCAUUUGAACGCUUUAACUGAUCAAAUAUGCGAAGAGAAAAAGCGCCAUGCUGAAGUAUUAAAACGCAUCGGGGCGUUAAACAAAAAUGGGACUAAAAAGGCGAAUUAUGAGAUUGAGGUAAUUAAUAAUAAGAUCGUUUUACACCAAGUCAAGGAGAGUGACAUCCUUUUUGAACGAAAUGCAUUUUAUGAAAAGACUUUAUUACUCAAAAAGGAUAUCGAAAGACUGAAUUCAGAGAAACAAAAAAACCAAAAUAUCAUGAAUUCGAAUUUGGAAGCGCCAACUAAAAUGACUGGGAAUCGUGCAAAAAGUAUGAAAAUUGAUGUUGACGACAGUAUCGAUAAUAAAGAAAUCGUAAAAUUCUUUAACGAUAACACUAUCCAAUUCUCGGACUUUUGCAAUUUCAUUAAAAUAUCUCAAAUCACUCAUGUAGACACUCCUCCAAUUAAAAGGGCAAGUAACAUCAAACGAUCUAUGUCGGUCGCUGUCCCACCAUGCGAAAUCAUAAAACCUCCAGAACAAAAAAGCGGUCUGGGCCAAAAAAUCGACACAAGUGAUAAUUCGAGUCAAAAACUCUUUGUGUGGCCACUCAAAAAAGUCGACACAAUCGAAAAAGUGCCAAAAAUCGAAAAUUUAGAAAAAAUAAAAAUCAAAGAAACGCCCACGAAAAUUGAAGAAGUCAAACCAGUCGAAAACAAAAAAGACGACAAAAUCAAAAUAACAAAAAAAGUUGAUAAAGUCGAAAAAUCAGAUCUUGUCACCCCACAUAUGGAACAACAACCGUGCUCUCACCAACGAGAUAUUUUCAUUUUGGAAUUUUUAAGCUUGUUGUUUCAAUUUCCUCUUUGUGUGAAGUUGGCGGGUUUGAUAUUAUUAUGUGGAACACUUGUAAUCCGAUGUGUGUUAUGUGGAAUGUUUAUAUAA